AUGGCGGCGCGGAACGACUUUGAUAGCAAUCCCGAGAUGGCUGGUGAUGAAAAGAACUCCGAUUCUCGUCUGGAGAGCACCACGGCAAUUGACCCAGCUCUUGAGAAGAAGCUGGUGCGUAAGCAAGAUGUUCGAAUCAUUCCCUUGGCUGCGGGUAUCUAUUUGCUCUGCUAUCUAGAUCGUUCCAACAUUGGUAACGCCAAGGUUCUCAACCAUACGACCGGUCAUGAUCUUCUCACGGAAACCAACAUGACCAGCUAUGAGUUUACCAUUGCCCUUAUGGUCUUCCUCAUUGCGUAUGCUCUCUUCGAGGUUCCGUCCAACUACUUCCUCAAAAAGAUGAAGCCCAGCAGAUGGAUUGCGUUCCUUAUGUUCGCAUGGGGCACUAUCACGAUCUGUCUUGGUGCAGCUCAUAGUUAUGCUGUUGUCACGGUUCUGCGAUUUCUUCUCGGUGUCUUUGAGGCCGGCUUGUUUCCUGGUCUAGUAUACUAUCUGACGUUCUGGUACAAGCCUGAAGAGCGCUCGGUUCGCGUCGCGACUAUCCUGGCAUCUGCUACUCUUGCCGGAGCCUUUGGUGGCGCCAUCGCUUAUGGAGUUGGGCAUAUGAAUCAGGUACAUGGUCUUUCUGGGUGGCGAUGGCUGUUCAUCCUCGAGGGCAUCCCUUCUGUGAUCUCGUCAGCAUUCGUCUGGUUCGGACUCCCAGAUUUCCCCGAGUCAGCCAGCUGGCUCUCUGCGGAAGAAAAGGACGUUGCAGCGUACAGACUUUCUGAGCAGGGAUCACACGGCGACAGCAAGUCCAUGACAUGGGAGGAUGCCAAGUCAACACUGCUGGAAUGGCGGCUCUGGUGCCAUUACCUGAUCUACUUCGGCAUUUCAGCCCCAUUCUCCAGUCUUUCGCUCUUCACGCCUUCUAUUACAGCCGGUCUCGGGUUUGCGGAUCUUAGAGCCCAGUUGAUGACAGUGCCUCCCUACGCAGCUGCCUACGUCGUUACACUGCUUGUUUCAUGGUCAGCAGACCGACAUAAUGCCCGCGCUCUUCACUCCGCUGUAUUCUCCUUGAUAGGUGCUGUCGGCUUCAUUGCCUCCGCAACUCUUCCUGCCGAUUCUUACAGUCCUCGUUAUGGUUGCCUGAUCGUGGCGGCGUGCGGAUCAUUCGCCUGUAUUCCUCCCCUCCUAGGCUGGCUGUCGUCCAACCUUCAUUCCACGGCGGCCAUCGGCUUGGCCAUUGCGCUCAAUAUUUCCAUGGGAGCGCCUGGUCAAAUUGUUGGUGUCUGGAUCUACAAGGCAAACGAAGCUAAGAAGGGCUAUCCCACUGGACAUUGGGUAAAUGCUGGUUUACUCUUAUUUGUGAGCGCUGGCUGUGCCGCUAUGCAUGGGUAUUAUGUAUGGAGAAAUAGACGGGCUGCUGGUACCGAUCAGCCUCGCUUCAAAUACUAA